CCUAAACACAUAUCAGGGAACGAACAGUAUGGUAAAUUAGUCUUGGGGAGUUUGAAGUUUGAAGUCGAUUUAUAAUCCAUCCAAACAAUACGCUACGUUACUUUGUAGUUCUCUGUGAUAGACUCUGAAGAUGAAUCCAAGCCUUAUAAAAGAGAGAGAAGCGUUUUUAAAGAAAGCCAUGACAAUUCCUGUUGUUGAGAAACCAAAGUCUAAUUUUUCUGGUACUUCAGAGGAAAAAGGCGCUAUGACUUCUGUACACCGCCGUGGACCUCCUUCAGUUUCUACUGUUUCGGAAUCGCGACCUCUCGAAUUAAAACCUCAAUUGCAAGGGAAGUUUGCUGUUUUAUCUCGAAUAGUAAAAUACAUGAAGCAACGCCAUUUAGAAGGCGAUACUCAUCCAUUAUCUGUAGAAGAAAUUUUGGAAGAAGCUGUACUUCAUGACACACCACCUGCUACCGUAAAAUGGCUGGAGGAAGAAGCUCUACCGAAUAAUCCCAAAAUUCGUGUUACUACGGAUGCAAAGUUCGUAUUUAAACCGAGAUAUGAUAUUCGUACGCGUAAGGAUCUUUACCAACUUCUCCGUCGUCAGGAGUUGAAGGGUUUGGGGGGAAUUUAUCUAGAUGAUUUGACUGAAUCUGUUCCUGAUGUUGAAAAGAUUCUUAAUAGUUUUGGUGACCAUGUGAUUCGCAUUGUCACACCACACGAUAAGAAAACUAUCUUGUUUUACAACGACAAAUCGUUCGAUUUGAAUGUAGAUGAAGAAUUUAAGCAACAAUGGCGAUCGGUGAGUGUGGAGGGUGUUCAUGAAACAAAAAUUGAGGAGUAUUUAAAGCGUAAUGGAAUCUCCUCAAUGUCUGGUGAUCGUAAAAAUUUCUAUUGAUGUUUGAACAGAAUCUGCUUUUGUUGUGUAUUUUAAAGUUACCUGUACAAAGAAAGAAACCGGGACAAAAGCGUACCAUGAAUCGUCCAGUUCAUAUUAAAGACAAUGAACAUGUGAACGGAAUUUUAGAAGACUUUUCUGAGAAAUUAGCCAAAACUUCUUGAUGAGAUUUUUGAUUUUCAUAAGUAACAUUCAAAUGUACAGUGACUUUAUAUGUAUAAUAAUGUUCACUUAUCCUUGAUGGUCUGUAUAUUUUGUUCAUAUGAUUGCAUCCUGGCAAAACCCAGUAUGUGCUGAGUUUUUGUUAUAUGUUUAAGGAUAGGGGUUUUUUAACUAAAGAAGACGACAAAAUAUUUUCUGUACAAAUAAAUAAAGUUUGUAAAUUUCCAAAA